AACAACACUGCAGGUUUGACACCAAAAUCGCCUGUAAGUCAGAGCUCAGGGCGUAAAUGUUCCGCCGGGUGCAACAUGGCAGAGAACGAGCUGAACGUCGACAGCCUCAUAUCGAGAUUACUGGAAGUGCGAGGAUGUCGUCCAGGGAAGAUCGUGCAGAUGACAGAGGCCGAGGUUCGAGGACUCUGCAUCAAGUCCCGGGAGAUUUUCCUCAGCCAGCCCAUCCUUCUGGAACUCGAGGCUCCUCUGAAAAUCUGUGGUGAUAUUCACGGACAGUACACGGACCUACUGAGGUUAUUCGAGUACGGAGGCUUCCCUCCAGAGGCCAACUAUCUGUUCCUGGGUGACUAUGUGGACAGAGGGAAGCAAUCUCUGGAAACCAUCUGCCUGCUGCUGGCCUACAAGAUCAAAUACCCAGAAAACUUCUUCUUGCUCAGAGGGAACCACGAGUGUGCCUCCAUUAAUCGCAUCUAUGGCUUCUAUGAUGAGUGCAAGCGCAGGUUCAAUAUAAAGCUCUGGAAGACCUUCACAGACUGUUUUAAUUGUUUACCCAUUGCUGCAAUUAUUGACGAGAAGAUCUUCUGCUGCCAUGGAGGGCUGUCACCUGAUCUACAGUCCAUGGAACAAAUUCGGCGCAUUAUGAGACCCACCGACGUACCGGACACAGGCUUACUGUGUGAUCUGUUGUGGUCUGACCCGGACAAAGAUGUCCAGGGUUGGGGAGAGAAUGAUCGGGGAGUUUCCUUCACCUUUGGGGCUGACGUGGUUAGUAAGUUCCUCAACCGGCAUGACCUGGACCUCAUCUGCAGAGCCCAUCAGGUUGUCGAAGACGGCUACGAGUUCUUUGCCAAACGGCAGCUGGUGACGCUCUUCUCUGCUCCGAACUACUGCGGCGAGUUUGACAAUGCAGGCGGCAUGAUGAGUGUGGACGAGUCCCUCAUGUGUUCAUUUCAGAUCCUGAAGCCAUCAGAAAAAAAAGCCAAGUACCAAUACGGAGGAGUGAACACAGGACGUCCCGUCACGCCGCCGCGUACCGCUCAGGUGCCAAAAAAGAGGUGAGCAGCUGUUGGUGACGGUCCGGCUUGUCCCCGUGUCCCCGCAGGCGGCCGAACACUCCAGCCUUCCAGCUUGUUCAUGUG